AUGCAAAGAAGACCUGGGCAAGUACCUUAUUUAACCAAAUUGGAUCCUCUUAGUUUCCUAUUAAGAAGUGCCAUGAUUCAUACACACAAGACAGCCGUCAUUUCUGGAGAGAAAAGGUACACUUACCUUGAAUUGGCUGAACGAGUGAAAGCAUUAGCCAAUGUCUUGAUAGACCAAUACCAUGUGAAACCUGGUGAUAGAGUGGGUAUUCUCUGCCAAAAUCUAAAUGCUUCUCUUGAAGCGCAUUUUGCUAUUCCUGUCAUCGGUGCCAUUAUCGUCCCUAUCAAUACACGACUGGCUACCCAAGAAGUGAAUUAUAUCCUUCAACAUGCUGGUGUCACUGUCUUGAUUGUUCAAGACGAGCUUCUUGACCGUGUGGAUGUCCAUGUGAAAAUUAUUCGGGCAGAGGAAGAAUACGAAGCCUUGUUGAGACACAACAGUUGUCGUUUAGGAUGGAAUGAAAUGCCUACUAGUAUGGACGAAAACGAGACUAUCUCAAUCAAUUAUACUUCGGGAUCGACAGGAAGACCGAAGGGGGUCAUGGUCACAUCGCGAGGCGCUUAUAUGAUGGCCAUGGGCAUGAUGAUCCAUGCUUCUCUUGACGCCAAUACUGUAUUUUUAUGGACAUUACCCAUGUUUCAUUGCAAUGGUUGGUGUUUCCCUUGGGCUAUUGUUGCUGUAGGUGGUACACAAGUCAUGUUGGCUAAAUUGGAUUACACCUAUAUAUGGAGACUUUUAAAGGAACAUGGUGUGACACAUUAUAAUGGUGCCCCUACUGUUCAAAACGAGAUUUGCAAUCAUCAAGAUGCUGCACGUCUAGGCCAUUCUGUACGCGUCUUUAGUGGAGGAUCGGCAUUAUCAGCAACGCUAAUUCGCCGUAUGAAAGCAUUGAAUUUGAUACCUACACAAGUCUAUGGACUAACAGAGACAUACGGUCCUGCUGUCACUAGUUAUGAUCAUUCUGUUCUAUCUGACUAUACUGAGGAAGAACAGUAUACCUUGUUGGCUCGACCUGGCUUCCAUAUUGUGACAUCAGACGAUAUUCGUGUGUUGGAUGCAAACACAUGUCUUGAAGUCAAGCCUGAUGGUAAAACAAUAGGCGAGAUUUGUUUUACCGGUAACUUGGUUAUGAAAGGGUAUUACAAUGAUCCCCAAGAGACCGAGAAAGCGUUUCGACAUGGAGUAUUUUGGACAGGUGAUUUAGCUGUGCGUCAUCCAGAUGGAUCUUUGGAAAUUGUAGACCGAAGUAAAGAUGUCAUUGUCUCUGGCGGAGAGAACAUUAGCUCCAUCGAAGUAGAGAGUGUGAUUGUGCAACUAGAUAGUGUAUCUGAAUGUGCUAUUGUGGCAGGUCCAGAUCAGAAAUGGGGUGAAAGGCCUGUGGCUUUUGUGGUGUUGAAAGAGAAUUCAACAUUAGAUGAAAAAGCAAUCCUUGAACAUUGCAGAAAGUCAUUAGCUGGAUACAAGGUAUUCAAAUGA